CGGCGGUCGUCGGCGGCGGCUCGUCGAAUUAAUGGACAUAGUGGUUUCUAUUAAUGGAUGACAUACGCGGCGGCCGACAGUCGCGAUAGUGCAUGUGCCGACGCCGCCCAAACGGUGUGCGCACAUAAUGAUUACCGUCCUAUCGCGGUACACCGCCACCGUCGCGGUUCUCGUUGUCGCGAUCGGUAGCAGAGUCGCGUCCUCCAUGGAUAAUAUCGUGCCGGGCCAGAAGUGCUGUCCGGUGGAUCGGCUGUACGAUCCGGAAGUGCGGUCCUGCAGACUGUCCGGGACGGACGUUGACGAGUACCGGCAGAGGUUGCUGAAUCGACUGGAUCGCGGAUUCCGGGUGGAAGCCAAUGUGUCGUUCAAUAUGACCUAUUAUCCGCUGUCAUAUUGCAACACCACGGAAGUGCUAGUCGACGUGCCCGCCGAGGAGGUGCGUGGGCUGAUGGAGGCGCACCCGUCGCCCAUCGAUUUGUCGCGGGACUACUGCUUCGACCUGACGCCAUCCGAUGAGCUGGUGGCCCGGACGUGCCGGCCACGCGACCAGUACUGCGGCCGACCAGGUUACACGUGCGUCAACAAGUGCUGCUCCGCCGGAUAUUUCCGCCGGUACGUCGACGACCCCAUGGGCUAUUUGGAGUGCAAAAAUAGCGAGAUGCCGUUCACGUUGUCCGUCUAUGAAACAGACGCGGGCGGAAGUCCGGCGGGCCGGUCAAACAACACGGUGCUACCGUACUGGGACGGACAAGUGUCGCACAAAUCCCAGACAAUUGAAUCUAGUUUCAUGUUGACCACGGAUGGCAACCUUCACCUUAUCAACGAAGGCGACGAAUGGAUCGUACCGAACACGGAGUACUGCUUGGAGUAUUACGCCGGGGACGGGCCACCGGAGGCCGCCAAUCUGUUGGUGUUCGUGUACUCGAAUGCCAAACGACCGGUCAAUUACAUCUUUUGGGUUACUUACCUCCCGUCCGUCGUGUGCCUGGCCCUCACGCUGAUCGUGUACGCCACACUGCCUUACCUCCGGAACGCCCACGGCCACUACGUCAUGUUCUACAUGGCCUGCCAGCUCGUGGACUUCGUCUGCAUAAUGAUCAAUUUGUCGGUAUACAUAGACAUAAAAAGUCCGUUGUGCAUUCGAUUCGGUUAUUUUUUUUUAUUUGCAAUUCUGACAACAUGUUGCUGGUUAAAUGUAAUAUGCUUCGAUAUUUACUGGAUGUUAAGGUACAACAAUUCAACAAACAGAAAUACAUCAAAAUCAGUACGUGCCAUUAUGUACCAUAUUUACUGUUGGGGCUUUUCAAGUAUUUGCGUAUCUACUGGUUAUUUAUUUCAACAUUCGCAAAACGAAACGCUACGGGGAUUAGCACCCGAUAUUGGAACACAUGAUUGUGAUUUUUACAAAUACUAUAGCUACGGAACUAUAAUUUUCUUAUGGAUACCACUCUGUGGUAUGCUGACUGCCAAUUUAAUUUUGUUCCUACUAACUGCUAUUCUCUGUUCAAGAAUUAAAUCUGAACUCAAUAAAUUCAGACGAACUGAUUCAAAAACAGAAAUAUUUCUUGUUUACAAAGAGAGAUUCGUAAUGAGCAUCAAACUAUUUUUGGUUUUUGGAAUCCCAUUGUUUUUUACGAUGCUAUGUGCAUUAUUCCGAAUUGAAGGGAUCAUAAAGACGAUUAUUACUAGAAUUGACUUUUCACAAGGAGUUUUUAUAUUUAUUAUAUUUGUGGCCAAGCGCAAAGUUAUUAUGGACUUGCUGAAAAAGUUUAGACGUUCAACGGUUCACAGUGAUGUGACACAAAGUAACACUAUCUCUAGGUCGUCAUAAAAGUGGCACUGUAUGAAUAUACUAUAAGUAGAUAUUAUUAUAUUAUAUAAUAUUAAGACUCUAGUCCCUAAGGCUUAAAAAAAUCAUUAUUUUUGUGUCUUUAAAUAUUACGUUUUUG